ACUGGCGUAUCUUUGUACCAACUGCGUUCAUGAAGCCGCUUGAUAGGCAGCCAAUCAGCACUCUCUCAGUAGACAAAAGUCGUGACGUAACGUCGACACUAUGUGUGCAAAUCAGCGACGGCCAGCGUGCCGGUUGGCACCAAUCAGCGCGUUCCAACGAGCAGCUGCUCAGCCAAUCACCGUCGUCCACGACGGGGAAGAAGUGAGCGCUUAUAUAUGGAGAGAGCACGAUUCAUCCAGCAUCAUUUCACAGAGGAGAGUUACAGAACAGCAGAGAAAAAAGGGAGAUACAUUUUGCAUCAAGCAACUAGUACCUAUCGAGGCAACGUCAAUUCGCUAACAGUACUGAGUUUACGGUUUCGUCUGAAUACAAAAGAUCAACGAUGAAGCUGUUGUGGGCUGUGAUGCUGGUGGUCGGCAUCGUGUUUGCCGAGGAGGACGAAAAGAAGGAGAGCGUGGGGACUGUGGUUGGAAUCGACUUAGGAACAACCUACUCAUGUGUUGGCGUUUUCAAGAAUGGCCGUGUGGAGAUUAUUGCUAAUGACCAGGGCAACCGGAUCACCCCAUCCUAUGUGGCCUUCACCAGUGAGGGUGAGCGUCUGAUUGGUGACGCUGCCAAGAACCAACUGACCUCUAACCCUGAGAACACGGUCUUCGAUGCCAAAAGACUGAUUGGUCGUACUUGGGGUGACUCCUCUGUGCAGCAGGAUAUAAAAUACUUCCCAUUUAAGGUUCUUGAAAAGAAGAGCAAGCCUCAUAUCCAGCUUGACAUUGGUGGCCAAAUGAAGACCUUUGCUCCUGAGGAGAUCUCUGCCAUGGUGUUGGUUAAGAUGAAGGAGACUGCUGAGGCUUACCUAGGCAAGAAGAUUACAAACGCUGUGGUGACCGUCCCUGCAUACUUCAAUGAUGCCCAGCGACAGGCCACUAAGGAUGCUGGAACCAUAGCCGGUCUGAAUGUGAUGAGAAUCAUCAAUGAGCCAACUGCCGCUGCUAUUGCCUAUGGCCUUGACAAGAAGGAUGGCGAGAAGAACAUUCUUGUGUUUGAUCUUGGUGGUGGCACCUUUGAUGUCUCCCUCCUGACCAUUGACAAUGGUGUGUUUGAAGUUGUGGCCACUAACGGUGACACUCAUCUGGGAGGAGAGGACUUUGACCAACGUGUGAUGGAGCACUUCAUCAAGCUGUACAAGAAGAAGACUGGCAAAGAUGUACGCAAGGACAACCGUGCUGUGCAGAAACUGCGUCGUGAGGUUGAGAAGGCAAAGAGGGCACUGUCUGCUCAGCAUCAGGCCCGCAUUGAGAUCGAAUCCUUCUUUGAAGGAGAAGACUUUUCUGAGACCCUGACCCGUGCUAAAUUUGAAGAGCUGAACAUGGACCUGUUCCGCUCCACCAUGAAACCUGUACAGAAGGUACUUGAAGAUGCUGACUUAAAGAAGUCUGAUAUAGAUGAGAUUGUCCUGGUUGGAGGUUCCACUCGUAUUCCCAAAAUCCAGCAGCUGGUAAAGGAGUUCUUCAACGGCAAAGAGCCCUCUAGGGGCAUCAACCCUGAUGAGGCAGUAGCAUAUGGAGCCGCUGUGCAGGCUGGUGUUCUUUCUGGAGAGGAGGAUACUGGUGACGUCGUCCUUCUGGAUGUGUGCCCCCUGACUCUUGGUAUUGAGACCGUUGGUGGCGUAAUGACUAAACUGAUCCCCAGGAACACUGUGGUGCCCACCAAGAAAUCACAGAUCUUUUCUACAGCUUCUGAUAACCAGCCUACUGUUACCAUUAAGGUCUAUGAAGGUGAGCGUCCUCUGACAAAAGACAACCAUCUGCUGGGCACCUUUGACCUGACUGGUAUCCCUCCUGCCCCUCGUGGUGUGCCUCAGAUUGAGGUUACCUUUGAGAUCGAUGUUAAUGGUAUUCUGCGGGUUACUGCAGAGGACAAGGGCACUGGCAACAAGAACAAGAUUACAAUCACAAAUGACCAAAACCGUCUCACCCCAGAGGACAUUGAGCGCAUGGUGAAUGAUGCUGAACGCUUUGCUGAUGAGGACAAGAAGUUGAAGGAGCGAAUCGAUGCCCGUAAUGAGUUGGAAAGCUAUGCCUACUCUCUGAAGAACCAGAUUGGUGACAAGGAGAAGCUUGGCGGCAAGCUAUCAGAUGACGAUAAGGAAACCAUUGGAAAAGCGGUUGAGGAGAAGAUUGAGUGGAUGGAGUCACACCAAGAUGCAGAUCUGGAAGAAUUCCAGGCCAAGAAGAAAGAGCUGGAGGAGGUGGUACAGCCCAUAAUCAGCAAACUUUAUGGUAGUGCAGGCGGACCCCCACCUGAAGGCGCUGAGAGUGAACAAGAGGAGAAGGAUGAGUUGUAGGCAGGUUUAAAGGCAACUCUUUGGUCACCCCUCACCUCUCUGGUAGCGACAUCUAGAUGUACAUAUUGGACUCAAGGGACUCAGAUAGUGAGGAUAACAAGCAACCAUACUGAAUCUUCAGAGACUUUAUAAUUUUCAGUGUGUGAGAGGUUUUCUCUUCGCUGAAAGGCGGAGAUAUUGUCGGCCUGAAUGAGGCUUGCUGCUGCUGUUCUCAGGCAGUCUGUUUGGCUUCUGUAGUGGGGAGGGACAGGGUGGGGUGGGCAGGUGUUUCUGGGUCCACUGAGAAAAGUGUUUGGGUUCAAGGGCUCAUGUUCAGAGGCAAAACUAAAAGUUAUUUAUUGAAUCUGGUCAUUGUAUGUUUGGGAAGACAUUCAAAUAAAUGUUUGAUAUAAAGAA